CAAACCGUGGCUUGCAGUUCGGCCUCCGGACACCAGGCGGCAGCAGAGGCGACGAUUCACACGGAAGCGGACAAUCACCAAAACAGCGGCAGUUUCCUUUCCGUGUAGCUGGCUAGCUAGCUCACCAUGAACCCCUUAACGAAGGUGAGGCUGAUCAACGAGCUGAACGAGCGCGAGGCCGACCUCGGCGUCAAGGACGGCGUGUCCUGGCACUCAGAGUACAGAGACUCCGCCUGGAUAUUCAUCGGAGGGUUUCCAUACGAGCUGACGGAGGGUGACAUCAUCUGCGUCUUCUCCCAGUACGGCGAGGUCGUCAACAUCAACCUGGUGCGGGACAAGAAGACGGGCAAGUCCAAAGGUUUCUGCUUCCUGUGUUACGAGGACCAGCGCAGCACCAUCCUCGCUGUGGACAACUUCAACGGCAUCAAGAUCAAAGGGCGGACGAUCCGUGUGGAUCACGUUAAAGACUACCGUCCUCCCAAAGACUCGGAGGAUGUGGACGAGGUGACGAAGAGGCUGAGGGACGAAGGCUGCGCCCCCCGAGCCGCCGAGCCUUCAUCGUCUGAGGAAGAGGAGGAGCAGUACAGCGUCCCCGUGAAGAAGCCCAAGAAAGACAAGAAAGAGAAGAAGAAGAAGAAGAAAGAGAAGAAGGAGAAGAAGAAGAAGGAGAAGGAGAGCCAGUCACAGCGUUCCUCCUCUUCCUCCCCGUCUCCUCCUCCUCCUCCUCCUCCUCCUCCUCCUCCCACCGUCAGAGUGAAGCAGGAGAACGAGGACGACGGCUACGACCAGAGGGGGGCGCCACGCAACGGAGAGAGGGCGAGGGAGGGCGAGAGACACCGAGGAGAAGAGGAGAGGAGGAGAGAGAGAGACAGGGAGAGGGAGAGAGAGAGAGACAGACAGAGAGAGAGAGACAGGGAGAGAGACAGGCCCAGGGAGAGGGAGAGAGAGAGAGACGGCGAGAGGAGUAAAAACUGGGAGAGAGAGACAGAGAUUGACAGGAGGAGAGAGAGAGACACAGACAGGCAGAGAGAAAAAGAGAGAGACAGAGACACAGACAGAGACCAAGACAGAGACAGAGAGAGAGACAGGCAGAGAGAAAAAGAAAGAGACACAGACAGAGACAGAGAGAGAGACAGGCAGAGAGAGAGAGACAGAGACACAGACAGGCAAAGAGAGAGAGACAGGGAGAGAGACACAGACAGACAGCGAGAAAAAGAAAGAGACAGAGACACAGACAGGCAGAGAGAGAGAGACAGAGAGCGAGACAGGUCCACUAAACACAGGGAGCGUCUGUGAUGUGAAAUAGAACAGAAGUUGUUUUUUUUGUUGUUGUUUGUUUUUUCAUUUGUUGUUGUUUGUUUUUCAGUUUCAGGUCGUGUUCUGUGUCGGGGCCAAAAGAAUUCUGAGAAAAAAAUUCUGAAUUUUCAAGAUUAACAUCAGAAAUUUAUGAGGAAAAAAACUCACAAAAUAAUAAAAGUUUUCCUUUCACCUUUUUUUAAUCUCAGAGAAAAGUUGAGUGUUUUUCUCAGAACGACCUGAAACAGGAAACACGGUUCUUGUGUUGAAACGCUUGUAGAGACUCAGUGGCCCCUCAGAGGCCUGGAACCUCAUGUUGGGCCUCCUGGAAGACCCUCAGGGACCCCCCAGGGGCCCCCGACCACACGUUGAAACCCCCUGAUGCAGUGUGAUGUGAAAACGUGACAAAGUGGAAUAAAAAAAGCUGCUGAUGUGA